GGGGCGGUGACCGGACGACUGCCGACGACAACAAAGCAGUUUGUCGUCACCCGUUCGUUGGUGCGAAUCGGCCGCUUCUCGACCUGCACCUCUCCCACUAGUUGGAUCUCUGCCUCAUUCGAUCGCUUUUCGACCAGAGACCGUUAGCACUUGGCACCUGGGACUUCUUUUUCUACCAGACGCCCUACAGCGACCACCACAGUACCUACCACCUGAUCCGAUUGUUCUCCCCACGUCGAUCAUACAGCUGAGGAGCGACCUUUUAGCUCGGGAAGAUAUCCCACAUUCGUUGGAUCGUGCAAAUCUCUCUUUGUCGGCAUCCACUACAGCUUUUGUUAGAGUCAACCGAAAAACAUAGGACAUGGCAACUGACUCGGGAGAUAAUAUUGGGGUCAAGGAUGAUGCUCGCGUGGACCCAAUGGACACUAAAGCCACUGCGGAUGAUUCUCAAGCGUCCGAUAACGACAACGCUGAGCGCCCUGUUCGCCACAAACUAAAGGAGACAUCCAUCACCUCGGCCCCGAACACUUCAACAGCCGGCACCUCCACUGAACAACAACAGGACAGCGAAAAUAGCCGCUCGAGCAGCAGGGGUAGGAAGCGAUCAUUCGACGAGGACCAGCCCGAGAAUCUAGACGAGGAAAACGGCCAUAGACGGAAGAGGUCACGCGACUCUAAGGUUGAUGAGGAUGAAGACAUUACUACGUCAAAUGCGCCCGAGGUUGAGGGAGAGCAGACACAAACCACGAACAUUGCCAGAAAGAUCCUGAGCCCAAAGAAGAAGAGAAGCCGAGACCAACUGGAUAAGGACGAGCCGAAAGCCGAAAGCACCGUCGAUGACAGUAAGGCUCCCGCAGAAAAUGGCGCCUCCGAGACGACUGCAGGGGAGCCUGAGAAGAAGCGACACAGGGACGCUUCCCAAGAAAGAGGAUCGGCCCCUCUGAAGAGCGCAUUUGCAAACACAUCUGCCGUUUCGCCUUUCGGCUCGCUUGGUGCCUCGAAGCCCAAGGAAGAAACCUCGAAGCCGGCUGCCACAUCCUCAUCUGCAUUCGCUGCUUCAAGCCUGGCCGCUUUUGCUAGCUCAGAACAGUCACCGUUCGGCGCCAUAGGAGGUUCUAACACAUCUGUCUUUAAGUCAGCAACUACUACUGAAGCUACCAAACCAGCUGCUACCGGAUUCGCAAGCGCCGCUGGCACCUCCGGGUUUGCAUCUCUGGGUUCCGGAUUCUCAGGGUUCAGCGGUGGAUUUGGGGCUGCCGGCUCGAAGGGCGGUCUCACUAGCUUCGCUGCACCAGCGGGGGCCGGUAUUCUCGGAAGUUCUAGCAAGGGUAAGCCGUUUGGAGCAGAAGAGGAUGAUGAAGAAGAAGAAGAAAAAGAAAAAGAAAAGGAUAAGGAACAAGAAGCCGAUACUGCGCCUGGAGAAUUUGAGCAGGAGAAGACAGAUGAAAGAUUCUUUGAACGUCCGAGUAUGUCGUCCUAUAUAAAAUCCCUCUAACAACCUUUACUGAUCACAUUUCCGAAAUAGUCGAGACAGGAGAGGAGGAAGAGAAAACCUACUUCUCAAGCAAGGCCAAGCUCUUCCAGUUCUCAAAUGGAGAAUGGAAGGAGCGUGGAAUUGGCACCUUCAAGGUUAAUGUCAAGGUUACCGAUGGUAAAGAGGACAAGAAGGCUACUCGCUUGAUCAUGCGCGCGGACGGUGUUCUACGCGUAAUGCUAAACACGCCCAUUUUCAAGGGCAUGAAGGUUGGCGAUGCGUCGGGCAACGAACCCAGAUCCAAGCAGAUUCACCUAGCGAGUCUGGAAGAAGGUCGAUCGGUCCCUACCUUACUGAGGGUAUGUCAAAUCUGCACGUGCGAGAUCUCUACAUGGACAAGAUAACUAACAAUGUGUAGAUGCCAAGUGAGGAUUCUGCCA